AUGACGGACGACGCCGCCUCGGUCCACUCUCGAUCCACGAUGGAUGCGAGCCUAUACGAGCCCAAUUGUGACGAACCCGACGGGUUCAGUAGCGUUCACCAAUCCCACGCACAACAUCUCUGCGAUCGGAGGAAGCUCCACCCCCACGCAUCACGACAUAAUAUCUUCUCCGUUUGGUUUCUAGAAAUCCGCGUAAAGGACUGGCGAGCGCUCCCGCAUCGCAGAGGGAUAUCCUCAGAGACAUCAGGAAAAGAAGCGCACCCCAACGCCCAUCCGAGACCGCAGCCACAGGAUCCGUGCCCAGCGCCGCCUCUCCCUGAUCCGUCCGCGAUCGCGCCGCCCAUGCCUCCACUCGCGCUGGAAAGAGAACAAGGUCGGGCGGCUCUUGCUUCGCGCUUGCGCGCGAAGGAGAAAGGAAGCUCCCUUGCUGUGGAGCGACCCAUGAUCGUGCCUUUGGCCCCGGAAACGCAGGCCCGGCGCGCGACGCGACGCGAGAUCAAACGCGACCCCGCGUGCCCCGCAAGUGCCCCGCAUCCCGCACCCCGCUAA